GUGUACACGCUCGCUUACAAUCGCUCCCAUUCAUCUGGACGACAGAAGCCAUCUCCCUAGCGAGAAUGGUCAUUGUGUUUGCCUAAGACCUUUUACAAGCUACGAGGACAGGAUGUCAAAGAAAUCUCGGAAGGCUCGGCGGAAAGGUGAACCCCAAAGUGAGGAUGCUCGGCCCUCCAAGCGGCGACGGACUUCAGAUAAGCAUGAAGUGAAAACCAGCAACAAAAAGCGGCGCGCGGAUUCGACUGGUGGGCUUAAAGAGGCCCCUGCAAAGCCCGAUGGGACCUCCCUUGGCGCGACCACGCUUGCCGAGCGGCCGCAUGACCCCAACAGCGUGUUAUCCAAAGUCGUUGCGCUCGCUAUUGAGGUCGUGCUGGAGAACGCGAAGCGGGCUGCGCCAGUGCUGCAGCGCCUAGCAGCUUUACCCAAGGCGAAUGAGCAAGCAGCAGAAGCAGCGUCUGGCGGGCAGUCCAUGGCCGACUACCUAGCUGCGGCAAUCGAGCGGGACAGCUUCAUCAGCUGGCGGCCCGAAGACACCAAGGUGCUUGCGGACUACCUGGCCAGCCUGUCCCCCAACAGCACCCUCCGCAUCAAACCCGCCAUGGAGCAGCUGGGCCUGUCCCAUAUUCCCGACCCGGGUCGGCGGCUGCAGCAGACGCUGACUGCCAAGCUGCAUUUGAUGAGGAGCAAGAUGGCGCGGGGGGAGGACCCCACGCAGGUCAACACCAGCAGAACCGUCAGGGGGACCUACGAUUUCCAGAGCUGGGUGCGGCGCGCCCUGCUGGCGAUGCCCAACCACGAGGGCACCAUGCGCGAGGUGGCGGCGGCGCUGGAGGCGGAUCCCAACAUCUCAUGCAAGCUGGACAAGAGGCCCAACCCGAAGUGCCCCAACACCCCCAUAUGGUGGCUGAAUCUGCGGUGCGCGGUGAUGAGGUACCCGGAGUUCAUCAGGACGGACGCCAAGCGGGCAGGCCACGCCGUGUACCGCUACGAGCCGGAGAAGGAGCGGAAGGGCGAUGCCAAGCGGACGGAGCGGAGGCCGGAGUGGGCAGAGAAGCGCAGGGCGGCUUCAGGCACCUACGACUACCAGAGCUGGAUACGACGCGCCCUGCUGACGAUGCCCAACCACGAGGGCACCAUGCGCGAGGUGGCGGCGGUGCUGGAGGCGGAUCCCAACAUCUCAAGCAGGCUGGACAUGAGGCCCAACCCCAGUGCCCCCACCACCCCCAUCUGGUGGCGAGACCUACGUUCCGCAGCGGGGCGGUACCCGGAGUUCGUCAAGACGGACGCCAAGCGGGCAGGCAACACCGUGUACCGCUACGAGCCGGAGAAGGAGGUCGUGAAGACGCCCGGUCAGCGCACAAGGCCCGCUUAGGACCGCCCAGGAACCCCACCGGGGCAGCAGCAGCAUGAUAGGAAUGGCAGCGGCAGUAGUAGGAAUGGCAGCGGCAGUAGUAGGAAUGGCAGCAGCAGCGCGAUAGGGCGCAGCCGCUGCGCGUGAUAGCAAUCUUGGCUUCGAUGCCGACUCAGCAGCGGCAGCAGUAGUGGUAGCGGCUAGCGCCAUGGAAGUGGAGAGAGAUGGAAGUCGUGUCCGUACGCAUUGGCCGAGCCAACAAAGAGACGAGGAGAGGAGGCCGAAACCGGAUAGAUAUGUGAAUGGGAUACUCAUUGAUCCGCAGAAUCCAGAAUGACCCUGUUUAGUUGUGGUGGAAGGCGCUUUCACAGCAGGUUUAGUCACAGAUAGUUGGUUAGCCGCUGCUAGGUUAUCGAUGAUAGGUCGUUAUGAACGGAUUACGGGGCCCAUGGGACCGGCAAAGAGGGGACAUUUUCAGGGCGUACCUGGAAUCAGGGCGGUGCAUAGCUGUUGUUUGCCGUACUUGGUUACUGCUGGAAGGGGGCGGUGCCGCGUUUAGAGAUGUAAAGGUAUCCUGGUUAGAGCCGUAGAAGCGUAGAUGAUAUACAGCGCAGUGAAUUGUAGCCCGUAGCUUACCCUCGCUUAGCGGUGCGGCGAGCGGGUUUGUAAUGGAUGUUUCAUGUACGGUAUUCAUUGGGGGCUGGUACCGGUACACGCCACUGAACACAAGGCGCCAAGCGAACGGGACGAAUUACGUAAAACCUGUACGGCAUCAAUUGAUUUGGUGCAGGGUAGCUUGGGUGCAUGGUCUCCAAGCUGCGUAGAUGCAUUGCUGCGGAUGCUAAGAUGCAUGCGAAUGUAAAGCCUGUGUUCAGUUGGUUGAGCGCUGUGUGUAGCAAACCGAUACGGCUGUGGAAUAACCUAUGGAGCUGCGGAGCGCUGCGGCAACACUUUCCACUGCGCAAAUUGAGAUGUACAACAUCAGGCUAACGGGCCGUUGCCUUUCGGCAUAAGAAGACAUGAACGGCGUCGAGACAC